UACGAACUCUCACAUUCACAUUCAAAGUACACACACAAAAACCCGGUUCAAACAAACAAAAAAACCGGGUUUUCUACCAAACUUGAGAGAGUCUGAGAGACUGCGUUUCUUUCCAACUCUUAAUUCUUUCUUUCACUCUAAGUUUUUUCGAUAUGGAGCAACCCGAGAACCCGGCGGAGCAGCCCAUAGUAUCUGACCGGGUCAUCAUCAAUGGGAGCGAGACGCCGUUAACUCUAACGGCGGAUGGGAAGCUGAGGAUGUGGGAGAGAGGUCAACGUUGCUUGACGGUGAAGAAAGAGGUGCUCGGUUUCGUAACGGAGGGCUCGAAGAUUAGAAUCAGAGCCGUCGUCAAAGGCGGAGGAGCUGGAAUCUGCUGUGUCGCGAGCAAAGGAGCUUUGGUGAGGAAGGACUUCGUGUUUCAACCUUUGUCUAAUGACUCUCUUAACCUCUGGUCUCAAAAGCUCCGUCAAUACAUAGACUCGCUCGGUAAAUAUUUAAAUUUUUUAAUUUUGAUAUUGACAAUAAAUUUUUUUCUUGUAGGGACAGGAAAUGGCAUGGUAAAGUCCCUUCUGGAUUCAGUUGGCUAUCCUUGUACAGCACCUAAUGCUGUUCUUACCAUUAUCCGAGGUCAUAAGCGCUCACUGGAUGUAGCUACAAUUUUGCAAAGAGAGACAAAAUUUUUUAGUAUAUUGAUGCUUGCAUGGGGUCUGGUUGCGGAUAUUGACAUUGAAUCUGAAAAGUAUAGGUGGAUGGGAAGUGCUCGCAUAGAUUUCUAUGGUCUUCAACGAAUUUUACAUUUGAGGCAAUACAAUGGAUGUGUUUCUUUUGUGCCUGCACCUGGCUUUGAAACUUAUGGAGAGCCAACUAGUUACCCCAACAAAUCUACUGGCAAGCCUGAUAGCUGCAAUCCAAGUGAAGAGGAGUCUAUUAAGGUUCGGCAUCAUGGUUACCAGGGACCUAAUAUUGACUUGGAGAAUUUAGAGUGGAGAACUAUCAGUGGGCCAUUUGUCUCAGUCUGGCUUCAUAACGUACCUUGGGGUAGUGAAGGCACAUUGGCAGCCCCAGAUGCCAAGUUCUCAGAUGGUUAUCUAGACUUGAUCAUUAUGAGGGAUUGCCCUCAGUUAGCUUUAAUGUCAUUGAUGACGGGAUUGAAUGAUGGAAGUCAUGUCAAAUCACCACAUGUCACAUACCUCAAGGUGAAAGCAUUCGUCUUGGAACCUGGUCCCCAAACCAAGGAACCAACAAAGGAAGGGAUCAUAGAUUCAGAUGGUGAGGUCCUGGCUAGAGGGAAAGGAACUUACAAGUGUGACCAAAAGGCACCCAUGGCCUAUGAUAAACUUCAAAUAGCCGUGCAUCAAGGUUUAGCUACCUUGUUUUCUCCUUUAUAGAGAGUUGAUUCAAUUUCAUUUGAUGGUCCCUCAGAUAUUGAAAUUCCAUGGGUUUGUUCAUUUUAUUCUGCCUGUAUAGAGCCAGAAAGGGUAAAUAACUCAAUAAGGCAAAAGAAAAGUAGAAACGUUCUUUAACAAGUUGUUGCUGUCAAUUUAUUGCCUUUGGUGAGUAAAUUUACCCCCCAAAAAAAAAAGGAUUACUAUCAAGGCAAUGUACAGUUCAUUUGCUGCUUCGAAAUUAUUUGCUAUAAAGUUGCGUGGAGAUAAUUAUGAAUGGUUCCUAA